AUGAAUCCCGACGGCUACGAUUUGAGUACAUCGGAUGGCUGCAGACGGGCCUUGACUCGAGCCUUGUUCGAUUGCGUUAAUGAAGCCGCGGGGGAAUGCUUGGCACAAAUGGAGCGGGAGCAGACAACGGCUGAGGCGGCGGCGGCGGCGCGGGUCCCUCGUCCGAUUCGACGUCGGACAUUUGUCCCCCGCGACCACGACGUAGCUCACGAGCGUCUGUUCGCAGUCUAUUUUGCCGAUCAACCACGGUGGAGCCCGACGGUUUUUCACCGCCGUUUUAGAAUGAGCCGAGAUCUUUUUCUCUGCAUUGUGCACACGGUGGAAGGACGUGAUGAAUACUUCCAGUAUCGGGAAGACGACAUAGACAGACCCAGAGUUACGUCGUUGCAGAAGUGCACGGUUGCGAUCCGGCAGUUGGCCUACGGCACCACAUCAGAUAUGUUUGACGAGUACCUUCACGUCGGGUGA